AUGAGUUCAAAAGAGGUUAUCUUAGAACUUAAAGAUCAUGUAGCCACAAUUUCAUUAAAUAGACCCAAACAUGGUAAUUCAUUAACACUUUCAAUGAUAAAAGAAUUCCUUUCAAUUUUUCAAGAGUUAGAAGCCAAUCCUUCAAUUAGCAUAAUAGUUAUAACAGGAAAAGGAAAAUAUUUCUGUACAGGGAUGGAUUUACAACAAACAGAAUCCACUACUAACAACAAGGAUGAAAUUGAUUCUAUAGAAAAAUCCUAUGAAAUUGGGACUUUAUUUUAUGAUACAAUAAAAUCAUCAACAAAGACCGUCAUAUCUAAAAUAAAUGGACCAGCAUUAGGAGGUGGAAUAGGAUUGGUGUUUGUGUCAGAUAUAAGGAUAUGUAACGAAGACAAAGUAUAUUUUUGUUUUAGCGAAAUUAAAAGGGGGUUGAUACCUGCUAUUAUUUCACAAUUUAUUGUGGCCGAAUUAGGAACCUUUAAAACCAGGCAAUAUAUGUUAACUGGGGAAAGGAUUUCAGCUAAACAAGCACGGGAGGAUGGAUUUAUUAGUACGUUGGCGGGCGGUGACAACGACUUGAAUGAAAAGGUUGAAGAGUAUAUUGAAACAUUACUAAGCAGCGCACCCAAAGUCAUGGGUAAAAUUAAAAAAUUAGUCCAAGUUCUUAAUGACACCGAGAUUCAUAAUAAAAAACGGAACUUUAUUAAAGAACAGUUUUUAGAAAUGAUGAAGUCUGAAGAAGCCAUUUAUGGGAUUGAAGCAUAUCGGAUGAAACAAAAACCUAAUUGGUAUAAAUCAAAGUUGUAG